GACGCUUUCUAGCUGUUCGUGGUGUCUGUUUCCUGCAAAUGUGCGCGUUCACGCGAGUGGAAUUUUCUCAAAACUUAGAAAUCUAACACAACUAUGAUGAAUAUUAAUCGGAUUACGGUGCAAAUCCAUUUAAAACUGUGAAGUUAUCCAAUCAGGAUGGAGGAAAAGAAGCAAUAUUCAGCGUUGACGAUCGACCGAGCCGCUUUUCUCUUGCUGCGUGUCAAAAAGGCGUUUAAGAAGAAGAAAUUGCAGAAAAAGGAACGCGAGAGGAGUGCCCAACUUGCAGCAAGCCGAAUCGACCAAAGAGCAUCAUGUGCCGGCUUAGAAGGAGCCACUCGGACCGGAAGAAAACCCCCGCCAUUGCUCCGGUCGCGUACUUUACCCGCCAUUGUGGUUCCCGGAGUGAGCAUCCUUCAAGCCCAACUCGGCAACUGUUCUCCAGAUGUGACUGGUCCCAGCCGACCUACUGGACUCUCCUCGCGCUUCCUCUCCGCGAGAGUCUCCUUCAGCCGAGACGACAGCGUCGCCUUGGAUAUGCGGCGAAAAUCGGCCGUGAGUCGACUCUGCAGCACGGGAAAUUACGGCCCUGAAAGGGGAGCUGACGGAACGUUGCUACUCAGAGUGCCUGCACCUCACGUGGUCGCUGCUCGAGCCUAUAGAAUUUCGAGUCCGAGUAGUAGCAGUACGGCUCUGUAUCGUUUAGGAAAGUUAUUGAAUCAGGGAGGGUCGAAAAAUCAAAUUGUGGCCGAUGAUUCGAAUGUGACGAGGAGGUUGAGUUGGGAGAGACGGGGCACCUUCCACUCCCGACUGCCCCGUUCCUCCAGCAUCGACUCGAUGGUGGAGGCGGUGUGGGCCGAAAAUGUGGAGGUGGCCGCAGAGCCCGUCGUCACGCCGGAGAAGAGGCCCUCGCUGAGGGCGGACCGGCCCUUGGCGAUCGUGUCGCCGUCUGUAGGACGACGGAUGAAAGGCCAACGGGGGAUUAACGAGCUCCCCCCGGUGCCUAGCGACUCUGAAAUGGAGGUGGCUAGCCUGCCCACAAACACAAAUUUACCCCCGGUAGGCCACAAACCCAGUAAAAAAGAAGCGAAAUUGAUGCAACAACGUCUCGAACGUUUAGCAAAGGUCAACAUACAUUUACACGCCCUAUUUGCUGCAGUGGAACACGGACAUUUGGAAAAAGCACGCACUAUUCUCGAAUCCACCGACGUUGAUGUGAACAGUUUAAAUAAUGACGGCCUGUCCCCCCUCGACGUCGCCGUUUUAAGUAAUAACAGACCUUUGGUGAAAAUGCUUGUCGGUUUCGGUGCCAAAGAGGGUCACAGAUUUUCAAACCCCGACAAAUUGGGAUCUCAUCUCAAACAACUACUCGGGGAGGCUGAAAUGAGGCUACAGGAACUCGGAGGGUUGCUAGAAGAACCUUGUGGGGCUCCACUCAACACCCGAGCUUCGUUCUCCAGUAUUAUAGGCAAUGCGUACCCCACAUCGGCGAUGACAGGGUGUGCAGGAGGCGAUAAUGAUAAACAAGCUAUAGCGUGGAGUCGGAGGGCUAAAACUCUCAAAAGACUUGUCCUAGGUUUCGCCCAAGCUAGGCCCCCCGACCCUCCUUCGUUAGUAGCCCUUGAUAUUACCUCCCUGUCUUCGGUUUCAAUGCGACUCCAGGAACCAACAACGAACGAUUCGCCCAUCACAACCAAAUUUAAAGUUCAAUGGUCGACUCGGCCCGAUUUUAGCCUAAUUUCCGGCGAAAAAGAGAUUCUGGACAUGUCCAAGACCAGUUGUAGUAUAGAAUUGACUCAGGGUAGGAGGUACUAUUUUCGGGCGGCUUGUGGCAACUUGAAGGGCUAUGGGACGUUUCUAACUUCAACACCGUCAUCGGUAGUACCAUCAACGUGGCGAGAAGUUGAUAAUAAAAAGUCAAGGUUUGAUCGAUGUACGAUUUUUGGUUUGGCUUUUAAAACUCUUGGAUAUUGUAGGUUUGAUGGGAGGUUGCGCCAGUUGGAGCACCUCAUGGAGGAGGUGAAGCAGGUGAGGCCCGGGAGCGAGAUUCUUGAGACUCCUGGCCCCCAGAGGCGUACCCAACGCAAAAAAACCACAAUUAAACAACUCUUCACCGCUGCUAGCAAGUUCCAGAAGAACCUCCGACGUGGUAUUUACCUCGCGUGUAUUCUCUACCACGAGGAUAAGGUCCUAGUGACCAACGAGGAUUUUUUGCCUGUGAUAGAAAUCGACGAGACUUUUCCCAGUUGCAUUCACACGGAUCUUCACUGGUUGAUGAAGGUUUCGUGUAGUUGGGAUGACACCAAGUCGUUGCGGAGCGAUAUGGAGAAGAACGCCUCUUCGGCGAUACAUUUCCGGACCAAACUCCUAUCGGCAGUACUCCAAAUGCAAUCUUCAUUGUGUUUGCAAGAUUUAGGCCAGUUGUACUACCGGCCGUUGCGGGAUUCGCAAGGAACGGUCGUGUUAAGUACCGUUAAUUAUGUGAAAACGCCCAAAAGUGUGUCGGUUUUGAACUCGAGGUGGUUACCGAUGAAUAAAGUCUUCAAGAAAAUGGUACUAGGGGAUGACCAUAGCAUUUCGGAGAUUCUAAUGGCGUCGAUCCAGGAACAGAUCAAUUAUCACCAAGUGUCGAGUUUGAAACUGAGCAAGGGCUUGUAUUUGGCGUACUUGAAGAUGCAGAGCUCGGUGGACUUGAUCCAAGUGGUGGUGUCGGCAAAGUCGCCUAAUAUGUUGCCCCAUUGCAAGAUUAGAGACAAUCCGCACGUUUCUGCGGAGGAAUGGGAGUACUUGAAGCAACAACACUUGCCAGACUUGACCGACAACGCCACCGAGCAACAACGAACCUUCCUCGAGCUGGUGACAAGUGCCGCCAAACGCCUUUUCAACUACAUGGAUAUCAGUAGUGAGGACGCGAGCAGUCACCGUUUGUACGACACCGAAGUCAUUGACUUGACCGACGAAGUCAGCUUUAUCGUGGUGUGUCCCUCGGCGGAGUUCUCCUGUUCCGUUCCCGGCCAGAGGGAGAUUCUCCUCCAAAGAGGCGAUUUACUCAGUCUCCCGAUCCAAGUCUUCGAAAUGAUUCACCUCAACACGUACCAAAACAGCAUCAUCAAGAAGUACUCGAAAUUGAGCUGUCUCCUUGAACUCGACGCUGCUACAGCCAAUCACCUCCACCGUGAAGCCUUCUCCAACAGUGAGGUCGCCAUAGCUAAAGAGAGAUUGACCAGAUUGCAAGACCUCCAAUCCAAAUUGAACCAGAUUUGGAAGACUGUACGCUGGUUAAUGGAUGUGAUUACGUUUGCUCGUGAUAGAAUCACGUGUGGGAUUUCCAUGAGGUACAUUUUAGACAAGGAAAUCGGGUGUACUAGUCCCAAGAGGAGUCUCCUUCAAAUUCCUCCACGAGAAAGCAAGGUUGUUAAAAGCACCCCUGGGCGUGGUUCCUGGCCAGGCCCCGGCUGUAGCAACAAUAUAAACCCUCCAAACUCCCUAAUGAACGAGUUUAGUAAAAGUGAGCAACACUUGAGUACCAAUGAAGCAUCAUCUCAGUACUUGAGUGCUUGUAGUGACACCGAAUCGCGCAAAAACAGUGACAGUUAUAAUAGUGAUUUUUUCACCGAAAGGUUACCACCGUCACGUAGUGAAGACAUGUUAUUUGCAAUACCAACAACAUCAAAUCACCGGUGCCGUGCAAGUACUGUUUCAAGUGUCUCCGCGUCGACUAGUCCCCUACUAAGUGUGCGACCUCUCUAUGGCGGUAGCCUAGUCAGUGUAAACACCAUAAACACAACAAAUACUUCAGAUAGCCUCCAUAGUUUAAGUUCGGACAGUGAGGGGAACCCAAUUACGUCAACUCCUCACAAAAUCAAACAUCGCCCCAAAAUGGUACCCUCACGCAGUAUGACAAACGUCAAACAAAAUAUCCUAGAUGUGAGUACCAAAUCGGAGCGGUACCGCCCCAAACACCUCAACCUGGAACCCAACCUGGAAACCGGUCUGUCCAAAAGUCUGUCAAACCUCAUGAGUACCACUUAUCUCAAACCGCUCGAAAACGUGAAACGCGAACCUGAUACACUCUUCAAGGUACCAUCCGAGGUCCCAACCAGUUCCAAGGAACUCCAAUCGGGGAUUCUCCAAGUCUACGCCGCCUACGAGACAGGUCUCGCGAGUGGUACCUCUCUCAAACUGCAUGUCACGCCACGAACCACCGCUCGAGAGGUCGUCGAUUUAGUGGUGAAACAAUUGAACAUGGCUGUGGUCUUGAAGGGCAAAGACGGGCCGAUUUACCCCGCUGAUAAGUUGAAAAACUUCUGUCUUGUUGCUGUGAUUGGUGCUCGGGAAAGGUGUCUCCGGGACGACUUCAAGCCUCUUCAGUUGCAAAAUCCGUGGAGGAAGGGGCGGCUUUACGUGAGGCAAAAGCACGAUGUCUUGGCGGCGUUGGAACACAGUAGCAAACACAGCGCUAUUAUUUAGGAGAGUUUGACUUUAAUCAAUUUCGUGGUGCUAUUGAGGGUUGCAAACCUAAUUAUGAUUGUUGUUUGGAACCUAAACCUGAUUACGUUGUAUGAUACUGUGAUGAUAAGAUUGAUAUCAAAAUUUUCUAAUUCUCCAUCCAUUUUUGAAGAUAUUUUCGAAAAAUUUUGUGCAAUAGCGUCCUAAGAUUUGAUUUUGACGUCCAACUGUUGCUCACUUCUUGGGUUUCUCGAGGAUUAUGAACACCAAUGACAAGUAUUAGAAAAUGCUAAAUGUUAGUCUAGAGAGUUUUCAAAAUGUAUAAUGCGUGUUAUUUAUUAAACAAUGUGCUAAUAUUCACACUAUAUCAUAGCGUUUAUGUGUUCAUGGAUUUUUUAACGAGUUUUGUUAAGUUCGCGCUGGAACUUUUUAGUACAAAUAUUUUAUUGUGUUACGUAAUUUUAUAAGUGUAAAUAGAUUGAUUGUCUUGUAUAGAGAAAGUUUAUUGAAAUACAGUGCAAUUAAAAAAUAUGCAUGUAAAUAAAUUAUUUUCCGGAUAAUGAAGACUUCCUUCAAUAUGUGGAAAUGCUAGGCUAGGAGAGGUAUUUUUUCAAUGCAUUGUAUGACCGUUGUAAUGCACAAAAUGUCUUGAAAUGUUUUAAAUGAAGUGUAUAGAAAGACUAAAUAAAUAUGUUAACAAAU